UUAACCCCUUCAUGCCUAAGGGUAAAACAAAUCCUAACGCCUAAAACGCAAUCUUGCAACUUUGAUAUGUGUUAGUAAAACCGUACAUAUCAUCACAACUACUUUGCACAUCCAGAUGAAUUAUACCUUGUUUUUUUGUCAGGACAAAUUAGGCUUUCAUUUGGUGGUAAAUGGUAAUGCAUAUCUCCUGAUUUGUUUUUAUUAUCAAAGGAAUUCUGUCCCAAAAUAUAUUUUUUCUUUAUUUUUUUUUUCUUUC